CAGAUCGGAGGCACCCCCCCCCCCCUUUCCAUCCCGUUCCCCCCCCGCCCCCGCCGCGCUGCGGUGCCCGGGGCGGGAGGAGCGAGGCUGACAUCACCGCCCCGCUGCUGCCGGGGCCGGCUCCGCUCCGCUCCGCUCCGAGCCUGGGGAGGCCAGUCCCCAGCCCCGGCAGGAUGAAGGGCAGAGAGAGAGCGGGCUGAGAAAGGGACGGCAUUUUUUGGGGCCGGCACGCGGGUCAGCAUCAUCAGCUCCCCUCCACGACCCUUGGGCAAACCCCACCAAGCCUCACAGUGAAUUUGGGACCAGGGGGGUCAGGAGCCGCUCUCGGAGGCAGAGGGAUCUUUUCCUGCCCAUCGGGACUGGGGCAGCAUCACCCGCUCCCAUCGCCAUGGCCUCCCCGGAGGGGCUGCAGUACCGGGCGCUCUACGAGUACCAGAAGGACCGGGAGGAGGACCUGGCGCUGAGCCCCGGGGACGUGCUGACGGUCAGCAGGGCCUCGCUGCUGGCUGCCCCCGACUACAAGGACGGGGACGAGCGCAGCCCCCAGGGCUGGCUGCACGGCCUCAACGAGCGCACCAAGGAGCGCGGGGACUUCCCCGGCACCUACGUGGAGUACCUGGGCCCCGUGCGCAUCGCCGCCGCCGCCGCCAAGGCCAAGCCACGGCCCUUGCCCCCGCCACCCGCCGGGACCCCCGUGCCCACCGGCCAGCCCUGGGCAGGGCUCCCCGGGCAGGCAGAGCACAGCGAGCAGCCGACGCUCCCCGAGCAGGCGCUGACGACCGUGGCCAGGCUCAUCGAGGCGCUGGAAAAGCAAGGUCUCAACAGCGAGGUGCUCUACACAUCGGCCCCCGGCGCCCUGGGCGAUGCUGAGCUGAAGCAGGCUCUGCUGGCGGACCCCUCAGCCGUGGACAUGGACCUGUACGAUGCCCAGACGCUGGCCGAGGCCCUCAGGUGGUACCUCCAGGAGCUGCCAGCCCCCCUCGUCCCCCCCGCUGUCUGCACCGACUUGCUCCACAUGGCUCAAGAGACCCCGGGCCUAGAGGAGUGUGGCCAGCGAGCUCGAGCCCUGCUGGCCCCCCCGGCCCUGCCGCAGCCCCAGGCGCUGCUGCUGCAGGAGCUGGCCCAACACCUCGGCCGCCUCUGCCAGGGCUCCCGCAAGAACCGGCUGUCGGCACGGCUCCUCGGGGAGCUCUUCGGGGAGCUGCUCCUCCGCCCCACGCCCUCCAGCACUGAGGCGAGCCCCGAGCUCUGUGCGAGGAUCCUCGAGUCCCUCAUCGUGGCCAGCGAGGCGGCGGAGGUGCCAGCAGCCCCCGCUCUUCCUCCAAAGCCCCCCAAACCAAUGACUCCGGUCAAUACAAAUGGAAUAAAGGACAAUUCCAGUUUCUCUCUGCAGGAAGCAGAGUGGUACUGGGGGGACAUCUCAAGGGAAGAAGUAAAUGACAAAUUACGAGACAUGCCAGAUGGAACAUUCCUGGUGCGCGAUGCAUCGACCAAGAUGCAGGGAGACUACACUCUGACGUUACGGAAGGGAGGCAACAAUAAACUGAUAAAGAUCUAUCAUCGGGAUGGAAAAUACGGCUUUUCUGAUCCCCUGACGUUUAAUUCAGUUGUGGAACUGAUUAACCACUACCGCAAUGAGUCUCUUGCUCAGUAUAACCCGAAGCUUGAUGUGAAGUUGAUGUAUCCAGUGUCCCGGUACCAACAGGAUCAGUUGGUGAAAGAAGAUAACAUAGACGCAGUAGGUAAAAAGCUUCAAGAAUACCAUGCUCAGUAUCAGGAAAAGAGUAAAGAGUACGACAAAUUGUACGAAGAAUAUACCAGAACAUCACAGGAAAUUCAGAUGAAGAGGACCGCAAUUGAGGCGUUUAAUGAAACUAUUAAGAUAUUUGAGGAACAGUGCCACUCCCAAGAGCGAUACAGCAAAGAAUACAUUGAGCGAUUUCGCAGAGAGGGGAAUGACAAAGAAAUUGAACGGAUAAUGAUGAACUAUGAAAAAUUAAAAUCACGCCUGGGUGAGAUCCAUGACAGUAAAAUGCGUCUGGAACAGGAUUUGAAGAAGCAAGCUCUGGACAACAGGGAGACUGAUAAGAAAAUGAACAGUAUCAAGCCUGACCUAAUUCAGCUCCGCAAAAUCAGAGAUCAGUAUCUUGUAUGGCUCAAUCACAAAGGGGUGAGACAGAAGCGAAUAAACGACUGGCUGGGGAUCAAAAAUGAAAACAUUGAUGACACAUACUUUGUGAAUGAAGAAGAUGAGAACCUGCCACAUCAUGACGAGAAAACUUGGUUUGUCGGGGAUCUCAACCGCAUCCAAGCAGAAGACUUGCUCUGCGGGAAACCUGACGGAGCAUUUUUAAUUCGAGAGAGUAGCAAGAAAGGAUGUUAUGCUUGUUCUGUGGUAGCUGAUGGAGAAGUGAAACACUGUGUGAUCUACAGCACUCCGAGAGGUUACGGGUUUGCAGAACCAUAUAACCUGUACAGCACGCUUAAGGAUUUGGUUCUUCAUUACCAGCAGACGUCCCUCGUCCAACACAACGAUUCCCUAAAUGUCAGGCUUGCCUACCCUGUCUACGCACAGAUGCCCCCCUCUCUUUGCAGAUAAAUUUUGGGGAGGAGGAAAGCGUUGGCUAUCUUGGAUUCUUUUCUACGAUUUUUAUUAGAACUUGGAGGGCAUUCUUUCUCCUUAGACUGCUUGUUUUGCACAAGAAGUGAUUCUGUGAAUGUGAAUCAAAAAGAGGCCUAGCAGCAACAAGACGACAACUUGGGUGUAGGUGUCCUGGUGCUACCUUAAAAGCUCAGCUGUGCUUUUACACUGAUACUUGUGUUUCCUUAUGAGGGGAAUCAACUCAACAAAAUGCAUACAAAAAUACUGGAAGCAAAACGUUGUUUUCUGGAGAUAAUUUUUUGCCAGGCACCUUCAGUGGAACUUCUAAUUGGAUUUUGUUUUCUCUUGUUCUAGCAGAGGCGAUUCGAAGCCUCUGCCCGAGGCACCAGUAACGUCUUUCAGUCUUAAACUCCCAAGAAGCGAGGGGGGAAACUCUACCACAGCAAUUCUUCUCUGUUAAUUUAGCAGCUUCACUGCGAUUCAGCCGAACUUCCAAAAGAGGGCUUGUCUUGAGGUAGCGUGGAAUUUGGUGAGAAGACCAAAGGAAUUACGGGAAAGCUUCAGGUUUUUAUUUAAAUGGAAAAAUGCUUGUAAAGAAGAAAAGUCGCUUUAUUUUUUUGCCAACGGUGACAAAGUUUUGGUUUCAAUGGCACUACAGGUCUUCACUUAACGGAAACAUUUAUAACCAAAUUGAACACACCAAAACUUUGUUUGUUGCUAGAUUGAGCACUUACGGGGAAGGUUGCGUUAGCAUCCGCACAUACUUUCUACACCAAAACUUGAAACAAAUAAAAGGAAAAGCUAAAACAUUGUGUGGCUUCAAAACACUAAAUGUGUCUGAUCUGAUGUAACUGCUCACUCUCCUCUUUUCCUCCUCCCCCUUCCUCCCGCUCCUCAGCUUGGGAUUCUGUUUCCAGUUUUUAAAGAUGCUUCAGAAUGUAGACUAGAAGGAAGCUUGCACUCACGUGUUGCUGUUCCCUUGCUGAACAACGACAGACUCUCGUAAUGCUUGAUUUUGAUAUCAAAGAGGUAGGUGCAAUCUAAUGCUUCUGGAUGGCUUACUGUACCAAAUUGUUUCCUGAGGAGUAGCCACUUCGGGCUGUAUGGAAGCGUGUGAGCUAAUUAUAGAUCUCCUCCGAUUUGUUCUUUGCAAGCUAGACUCUGACCUUCCACACCACUGCCGCCAAGCGAGGUUUUACACCGGUGUCAUCUGAAUUCCCUUGUAGUUGUUUUGGACAUAGUGCAAAACGGGAAGGAAAGAGCGCUGUGCUCCUCAGGUACUGGGUGUCUGGUCCCACCCGUUGGCGAGGGCUGCUGUCAGAUACUGGAGCCGGUAGCCCUGGGCUUUGUCAAGGGUAACAAUCAUCCGAUAAAUCCCCUCCCUGGAAAGUAUACCGAGCAGCUUAUUUCCAUUCCUUAAGCUUCUGAAAUGAAAAAGAGCUAAGUUUGGCAAACCGAGCCGCUUGGCAUCAAAGCAGAACUGGCAAAUUAAUUGUUCAGUGUGCAACCUUGGAAGUUACUUUUGUUCCCAUUACUGGAAGCGGUUCCCCUGAAACGCGCCCAUUGUGCAGGGCAGGAAGCAGACCGUCGCGCGGAUCUGAGAAUGUUCUAGACCUGCUUCUGACCCUGUGGCUAAUUUCCUGUUUAAAUGUGGGUUUUCUGUAAUGCCUGGGGAGGAAUGCCAGGCUCCUUGGUGGCUCAUGUUUACACUAGAAGUAUUAUCGAGCUGAAUGUCGUGAAUUUGCAAGCAGGGCAAUGACAAGCCUGGAGCACUGAUAGCCAGGAGGGGAGUCCGGGUGCCUGGCGUGCCCGCGAGAUGUUUUGUUUUGCACUAAUGACCCCAGCGCUUCCCAGGCACUUUGCGAUCCGCCGGAGUGCAGAAUGCUGGCAAAGACCUCCAGAUGCCACUUUUCCAUGAAUUGAAACACCACGAGAUUUAACCAAAGCUUGGAAAGAGAAGAAAACUCGUGCAAGCUGCUGUGUCAGAGUGACCUGCAUCUGCUCGUGUCCCUCCUGUCCCACUUCCCCAAGAAAAGGA